AUGUGCGUGGUGGCUGGCCUGCUGGGGAGCUGCGGGUGCUCCCUGGCACUGGGGCCUGGCUGCCGCCCAGGCUGGGCUGUGGAGACGGCGCUGUGGGCACUGUGGGCAGAGCUUGUUUCUCUGCCGGGCUGGGAGUGGCAGGGCAGGGUGGAGGACGGGGGCAAGGCCGCGCUGUCCCGCCAGCUGCAGCCGGGUGACGAGCUGCUCCAGCAGCACCCAGGGGCUGGGGUGGCGCAGGGCACUGCCCACGGGGCAGGGGGUGCCACAGGUGCCGGGGCUCAGCAUCAUCCAUGGAGGACCGUGCCCGUCCUCCGGCCCCAUUCCUGGCACAUGGCCAAGCUUGCCGAGAGCCGCCCCGACGCCCCUGCCAUGCACUGCCCUGUUGAUGCCUUCAGCCUCUCCUGGCCCUCGGGGUGUGAUGUCAGCACCGACCGGAGCAGCUCCAUCGGGAGCAUGGAGAGCCUGGACCAGCCCGGCCAGGCCUACUAUGAAGGGGACCCCUCACCCGUUGACCAGGGCAUGUACCACAGCAAGAGGGACUCAGCCUACAGCUCCUUCUCCGCCAGCUCCAUCGCCUCUGACUGCACCCUCUUCCUGCGCCCCGAGGAGGCCACCUCUGUUGACUCUGGCCUCCAAGGCCCCUGCAAGCCCCCCGACGGGCGCUACCUGACCACAGGGGCUGAGCCGCCCACCAGCCGGCACCCCGAGGCCUGGCGGGCACCCAUGCCUCCCCAGCCCCCCGUCAGGAGGGACAGCCUGAGGGCAGCCCUGGCCAGCGGAGGGGACAGGCACCGGGCAUCGGUGUCGGCGGACAUGCUGCACGCCAAGGGCCGGUGGAUCUCCGACACUUUCCUCUGCCAACGGGCCGGGGAGGCAGAGGCAGCGGGCAGGAGGACACCAGUGCUGUACCCCAUGAAGGACCGUCUCUCCGCUGACCAGUAUUACAUGCUGAGCUCCCACCCGGACCAGUGCCCGGCUGAGUCGCUCCUGGGGGAGAGUGCAGAACCUGGCGACCGGCUAUACCCGGAUGGCGGCGUGCAGCGAGUGCCGGAUGCCACCGUGGCGGGUGACAACCUCCUGCUCUCCCCCCUCAAGGCCCAUGCACUGCACCGGCACAGUGCUCCUGAGCAGCUGCUGGCCUCCCAGCUCCGCUCCCUCCAGGUGGGCACCGGUAGCGGGCGAGCCUCGCCGGCCCCCGAUGGGCACCGCUGGACCCUUUCCCCGCUGCACCCUGAAGGCAGCCGGCCGGGGGCCACGGGGGCCACCCAGGAUCCCCCGCUCUGCCCGGAGCCAUGCCGCCGCCUGCCACCCUGCCGCUGCUGCCCUGAGCCACAGCGAGCCUGCGGGCAGGAUGGGCAGGGGGCCAGCCCAGUGCGCAGCACCGAGGGGCCAGCAGAGGAGGAGAGCCGGGCAGGGGGCCGGCGGGCUGGGGGUCCUCCCCACCGCUCUGCUCAGAUGCGCCGCCGCAGUGACCGCUUUGCUACCAGCCUGCGCAAUGAGAUCCAGCGGCGCAAGGCCCAGCUGCAGAAGAGCCGGGCUCCUGGCGCCCCACCACCUGGUGAGGAGCCAGUGGAGGAGGCAGAUGAGCCCCCCGAGGUCAGCAUGCCGGCAAAGGGACCCUGUGCCCCAGCCGAGUGUCUCAGCCCCGCGUCGAGCGAGGAUGGCAGGAACCCCAGCCACUCGGGGGACCGGGGCAUCCCCACCCCUGACCCGCUGCCAGUCCCCAAAGGGCCCCCGUCCCCUGAGCGGGUGGUGCUGAUGGGCCGGGGCCGCUGGCGCUGGUCCCCGGAGCGCAAGCUGCAGCGGCAGCUCUCGCCCAGUCCCGGCGAGCUGGAGGGCUACAGCCAGGGGCCCCCCAGCUCCCCGCCGCGGGGCGGUGAUGAGGCCGUCCUCCUGCCCUUCGCCGACCGUCGCCGGUUCUUCGAGGAGAGCAGCCGGCCAGCGCUGCCCCGGCAUGGCAAGCCCCUGGUGGGUGAUCCUGGCGCCUUCCAGCCCCCUGGCCCUGAGCACCGGGAUGCCCGGCGCCUCUCCGUGGACCAGCCCUACGGCUCCCCCUCUCCAAAAAAUGCCACCCCCUACACUGAGUGCUGCCGAGAGCAGCCCCCGUGCUACAAGCUGCUGGGGAGGCCUGUGGAGCUGGAGUACCUGCGGGGCUUAUCCUAUCCCUACGGGGGUGCCCUGCGCUCUGAGCCCUGCCGCUACUGCGGGGGGGACCUAUGCCCCCCGACGCUGUCCUGCGGCCAUGCCUGCCGCUGCCACCACCAGCCCUGGGUGCGCUGCCCCGACUGCUGCUGCCCGGCCUCCCGCCCUGGGCGGGAGGAGAGCGAUGCCUGGUCCCACCGGAGAGCUUUCACCCCGGAAUUUCCUCUGGAUGAGUGGGAACAGUCAGCAAUAACUAGGAAAGCCAGCCAGUCCAUAAGUGAGCUCUCUCGCUACCAACUGGGCUUCCCAAGGCUCGGCCCCUUCCGCCCCUGCUUUGAGAGCACCGAGCCGGAGUGGCCGCCCUGCUACCGGGCCACGUCUACGCACGACCUCUCACGGGAUGGUGACCGCCUGGCCCGCUCCCCUGAGAGCCCCCCGGACCCCGUGCACCGCCCACUGCGGGGCAGAGCCUUCUCUGAGAGCCACCUCAACCUGGAGCCCCCCAGCCCCUGGGGCCUCGACCGGAGGAACCUUCUCCGUGCCAAGCUGGAACCCCCUGGAGUCCCCAAAAAGAAGGGCCCACCACCUCCACGCCCACCUCCCCCCAACUGGGAGAAGUACAGGCAGCGCCGGACGUCCCAGCGCCUGCCAGAUGGUUCUGGGCACAGCUCUGCCUUCACUGCCGCCCCAGUGCCGACCCGCAGUAUUGCUGAGGCUGUGCGUGAGCGGUCGCAGAGCCUCACCGGGGAGCUGGGGGGACGCCUCACCGGGGAGCUGGGGGGCCGGUCCCAGGGGCAUGCCACUCGCUCCCCCGCCCCACUGGGCGCCUGGCCCCGACCCGAGCCCCCUGGAUCGCUCCGCAGGACGCCCGAGCCCGAUGCUGGCAGCGCCGAGAUUUGCAGGGCGGUGGGGGCCGGGCAGGAGCGGCCGAAGGCGAAGCACCCCUGGGAGAUGGAGGAGCAGCCCCAAAGGCUCGGCCGGAACCAGGAGCAGGGCUGGGCUGGCCCCCGCAGGGUGGGUGAGUGCUCCCUGCCCCUGCAUGGUGGCCCUGGCCCCACCACCCCGGAGGCACCCAAGCCCAACCCUGGAGCAGUGGAUGAGGCGAGCUGCCAGGGAGGCCGGCCCCAGCCCCGCCGUGUGGACUCGGAGGAGCUGCUGUGGGACGUGGCGGGCAGGGACCACUCCCUGGCUGGCAUUCUGGCCCCCUUGGCCCCCCUCGGCACUGUCACGGAGGUGAUGGGUGAGCUGCUGGUGGUGGGGGAGCGGCAGGCCUGGCGGGAGCGUUUCCAGCAGGACUGGAGCCUGGAGGCCCUGGCGCAGGACAGGCAAGGCUUCGAGCCCAUCUCGCCACCCCCCGGGAGCACUGCCAUCUCGACCUCCUACCCGGCAUAUUAUGGUGUGGCAGCAGGCAAAGCCGAGCCGGUCGGCAAGGUGAAGGAGCUGCCGGAGGUGGUGGAGGGAAGCUCGGAGGACGAGGAGGAGGAGGCAGACCGCGAGCUGGUGGAGAAGCUGCAGCUGAUCGAGAGCCUGAGCCGCAAGCUAGCAGUGCUGCGGGAGGCACAGCGGGGGCUGCAGGAGGACAUCAGUGCCAAUGGGGCGCUGGGCGAGGAUGUGGCUGCCCGCCUGCAAGCCCUCUGCACCCCGGGGGAGUUCGACAAGUAUCGCCUCUUCGUGGGCGACCUGGACAAGGUGGUCAACCUCCUGCUCUCCCUCUCGGGGCGCCUGGCCCGGGUGGAGACCGCCCUGGGCAGCCUGGGGCCGCACGCCCCCGCCGAGGACAAGGUGGCCCUGCGGGAGAAGCAGCGGCUGCUGGCGGCACAGCUGGAGGACGCCAAGGAGCUGAAGGAGCACGUGGGGCGGCGGGAGGAGGCGGUGGGUGCCAUGGUGGCGCGGUACCUGCCUGCCGAGCACCUCCAGGACUACCAGCACUUUGUCAAGAUGAAGUCAGCCCUCAUCACCGAGCAGCGGGAGCUGGAGGAGAAGAUUAAGCUGGGCCAGGAGCAGCUCCGCUGCCUGCGCGAGAGCCUCGGCCAGGCCCCCAAGGGCUGCUAGCCUCCUACCCAGCCUCUCCUGGAACCCUGGCUGUGGCCCCAGCUUGCUGCCAAAGCUGAUCUGGCCCCUCGGGGGCUCUCCCUGCGUCCGUCCGUCUUUCCAGCCCCUGCCUUUUAUUUAUUUUUCCAGUUUACUGAGCAGGGGAGGGGGUGCCAGUCCAGGUGCUGGUGGGGGGGGGU